UCCAGCAGUGACUGAGAUAUGUUUGUCCAUGACGAAGUUGUCAGCUCCCUCCAUCUUAACCCUGGGACAUCUGAAUACAGUCUGCAAAACUAAGGGGUAGUAGGCUUGACGGGUUACAAAACGCGCGCAACACUUAUCUGGCGCUACCAACUUGGAAGAUAACUCAUUAGCAAGCUAGCUAGACAGCUAAACUGAAAUGGCGACCGCAAUAUAUUUGGAACAUUACCUUGACAGUAUUGAGAACCUACCAUGUGAACUACAGAGGAAUUUCACUUUGAUGCGGGACCUGGAUGAUAGGACUGAAGAGAAAAAAGGAGAAAUUGACAAACUGGCUGAGGAGUACAUAUCCAUUGUGAAGAAUCUGGCAGCAGAACAGAGAGUGGAGCAUCUGCAGAAGAUCCAGAACGCUUACAGCAAGUGCAAAGAAUUCAGUGACGACAAAGUCCAGCUUGCCAUGCAGACCUAUGAAAUGGUGGACAAGCACAUCCGCAGGCUGGAUGCAGACCUGGCACGAUUCGAAAAUGAGCUGAAGGAGAAACUGGAAGUAAGCGGCUAUGAAAGUCCAGAUGGAAGAGGACUAAAAAAGAGUGAAUCCAAAGCGUUUAGAGAGAAGCGUGGGUCCAGGGGGAGAGGAAGGAAAGGCUCUGAUGAAGAUUCUCCCAGGAAGAAAAAGAUUAAAAACAGCCCAGAUUUGAGCGAUGCACUUCUCCCAAUGCAGCCAUCAGAUGUUUUGGACAUGCCAGUUGAUCCUAAUGAGCCCACAUACUGCCUGUGCCACCAGGUGUCAUAUGGAGAAAUGAUUGGAUGUGACAACCCAGAUUGUCCGAUUGAGUGGUUUCACUUUGCCUGUGUGGACCUUGCUACAAAGCCCAAGGGAAAAUGGUUUUGUCCUAGAUGCACCCAAGACAGGAAGAAAAAAUGAGAUUUUUAUAUAUUGAAGAUACUUUUCAAAUUUAUGUAUUUUGUUGUAGUCAAUAGUGUAAUAUAUAUUUCUUUUUUUUAUAACUUCUUAUAAAUGGUGGAUCAUACACAAAGCUUUUAUUGAAAUGCCCAAUCCGGAAUGGGAGUAUAACUUGUGACACCAUUACUCCUCCACCGUUUGGCUUUGGUUUUAUCGGGCUUAAAACAGUUUUCUUUGGCUAAUAGAUUUACAAAGCUUCUUAUUCAAGUUUAAUUAUGUCACCGGUAAACAUUAGUUUAAAAGUAUUUUUGUAGUAUAAAUGCUAAAUUUACGUUUUUAUUUGUGGGUCCGGUAUUCAGCCUCGGUGGAAUUAAAAAACUGCAAGUUCUUGUUUGUCGGCAAGUCCUUCCCUUCAAAAGAAAAUCCAUAUACUUCAGACAAAUAUACUCAAAAAAUCCCGGAUUGUGGCUUAAACAUACUUGAAACGACGAUUUAUAAAGUAAAAUUAUUUUUCAUACAAAUUAUUUGCCUGCUGAGAAUCUACCAUUUAAACCCCCAAAUCCUUAUUGAAAUAGUGGUGGUAAAAGAAAUUUUAAUGUAUCUAAAUUUCAGUUACCUUCCUCUCUGGGGCAUGCAUAAGCACUGCAUUAAUGACUGCAAUUGAUACCUGUGUAAAACUUGUGUUUUUGUUAGCUUAAACCAAACAAGAUAAGAAAUGUUUGUUCAUUCUGUCCUGUCUUGAACUAAAAGUAGUAAAUCUACUGUUAAGGGGUUACAGAUGGUAAACUACACUUUAUAUUGAUUUGCAAAAAACUUGUGACAUAUUUGAAUGUAUUGUGGUACUAUUGAUCAGUCAAUCAGUGUCUUGUCAACUGAAUGAGGUAUUGAUGCACUUUUGAAAUUUGCAGAUCAUGAGGUGUGAUACUGCAGGAUUGGUUUUAGGAUAUUGACAAUUUAUCUCAUUUAAAACUUUACCAUAUUGGAUUAACAUGUUCGCCUAGUGUGUGUAUAUAUAUAUAUAUAUAUAUAUAUAUAUAUAUAUAUAUAUAUAUAUAUAUAUAUAUACACAUACACACACACACACAUAUAUAUUUUUUUGUAUGAUAUUAAAUAAUAUUUUGGACAACAAAGUUUCUUUCCAAAGAUAUUUGGUGUUUUUCUUAUGUCUUGGUGACAUUCAUUUUGAGGAUUAUUAAAAAGGAGGUUCAGCAUCUAGAUGUCCAUAUUCAACUGUGAAUAUCACUCGUUUAAUGUAAGUUUAAAAAAACAUGUAAAAGAGCCAAAGUCUUUGUAUUUUGUAAAUUUCAGUAUUUUAUAUCAAAUAAACUUUAACUAUGUGUGUUUUGAUUUCUUCUAGUCAGGGCCUACAGAAUUUGUGCAAUUAAUUGUACAAGAUUUUCAAAUGUUUUGUAAAAAUUAUCAAAUGCAUCUUUGUCUGCACAUGAUAAGUAACUGCAUACACAACACUUGCCUAUUUUAAAUUGGAAAAUAGUACAAUAAUACUAGUAGUGUAACAGCUGUAAGACAUUUUCAAAUUAAAAUUAAUUAGCAGAGGGCCAUAUGAACUUCCCAAAAAUUCCAUCUGAAGAGUCCUCCUAGGUAAAGAACAGAUCUUUGAGAGGCUCAACACCCAGUCUGGUAGAGUACAGCACAAGUUGAGUUUUUGAAGUAAGGCCACCCCCAUUCAAUUUAUGCAAUAUAGCUUUUGUAAUUGUGGUCAAAUCAAGUUUGGUAAUCUACUGUGGCACCUUUGUAAAUAAAUAUCUGGUAUGCUGCCUACAGCCACUGUUCGGAUGAUGUUGAAGGGGGCAGGGAC